UCAUGAGAACCCACAGCUCUUCACAAGUGUUGGGGCUCCUGUGUGGUGCAGUGGUCUAAGACACUGCAUCUCAGUGCAUGAGGCAUCACUGUGGUAUCUGGUUCAAAUCCACGCUGCAGCACUUCCGGCCGUGAUUGGGUGGCACACAAUUGGACCAUUGUUGGCCGGGGUAGACUGUCAUUACAGCAGGAAUGGGGCAAGGUGUGGGUGGUUGACUGACAGGGAGACGGACCAAUCACUUGUCAGGAUGCUGGCUCGGAACCGCUUCAUCCUCCUGGUGGUGGUGGGGGCGGUGCUGGCCAUCGUGAGUCUCAGCCUCCAAUUCUUGCACCUAAUCCCCACUACGCCCAUGGGUGAGGAGCGCCCCCCCCAGGGUCAGGGUCAAGUUCAGGGCCAGGGGAAGAGCAGGAAGAGAGUGAUCCCUGUCCCCUCCACAGAGGAUCCUGAUCCAGACCCCAUCUCAGAGGCUUAUGGUUACUGCAACACCCCCAACCGCUCUGAACAGGCCUGGGAGGGAAGCCCUCCCACCCCCAGCUAAAAUCUUUCAUUGGUCACAUGGCCCAGGGGGGGCAUGGCCGCUGGGAGGGGACUCUCAGCUCGUUGCCCCGCCUCCCUAACCACAGCGCUUGUGAGAUGGGCGAGCUCACUCAGACAGGUGUAGUGCAGCAUUUACGCAAUGGCCAGCUCCUKCGCCAAGCCUACAAGCGCCACAAACUCCUCCCGCCCGAUUGGUCGACCAAGCAAGUGUGGGUGGAGACUACGGGCAGGAGCCGCACCCUCCAGAGCGGGAUGGCUCUUCUGUAUGGGUUCCUGCCCGACUUUGACUGGAGCCGUCUGACAGUCCACCACCAGUGGAGCACGUUGUUCUGUGGCUCAGCCUGYGACUGUCCUGCUAGGAACCSYUAUCUGGAGGAGGAGCAGAGGAGACAGUACCGCUUCAGAGCAGCAGACACUGAACUGGAGAGGACCUACGCAGACAUGGCCCGUACGCUAGGUCUGCCCCCGCGCCAGCUCAGAGCUGCCAACCCUAUAGACUCUCUGCUGUGCCACCUGUGCCAUGGCCUGUCCUUCCCAUGUGUGGCAGCAGGGAGUGCUCUCGGCAGUGGGGGCUGUCUGACUCUGGCCCAGUUUGCUGUGAUCCGGAGGCAGCAGUUAGAGGACGAGGUGGACAGGAGGAGGGUGGGACUGUAUCACCGCUACGCCGUGCUCGCCACGCACCCCUACCUCAACCGCACCGCCAACAGGUUGGAGCGUGUUGCCAAGGCCUACGCUCCGGGAAGAAAACCCCGCGCUGGAGGAGAGGAGGUGUUCACCCUGUCCUCGGCUCACGACGUCACCGUGGCGCCGUUACUAAGCGCCCUGGGCUUGGAGGAGGCAUUGUUCCCGAGGUUUGCAGCAAGGGUUGUGUUUGAGUUGUGGAAGAGUCCGCACGCAACGCAGGGACAACGUAAGGGGCAACGGCAGAGCCAGAAUAAGGCUUCUGGGGUGAAAGGGGAGAGGUCAAAAGGUGGUAACGAGGGGGACAUGUUUGUGAGGGUUCUGUACAACGGAGAGGACGUAACAUUCCAUACCACCUUCUGUCGCUCACAUGACCGCCAUGCCACACAACCRCUAUGCCCCCUGGGUAACUUCCUGUCUUUCGUCAGGAAAGACAUGUUCGGGGUCCUCAACGCCACGUCCUACCACGACGCCUGCUACCGACGGACAGGCUGACUGACAGAGGGAUGGAGAGAGAAAAGGAGGAAAGGAAGGGAAUCAUUUAGCUGAUUUUGGAAUUUGUUAAUAGCUCUUUUCCCACGUUGAUGGUAGUGCCCUAUUGAACUAUUUUAAUGUCUUAAAACUUUGACUUUUUUCUAAAGUCAAAAAACAUUCCUAGAAAGCAUAGAUACUGAUCAUACAUGUCAUGCAUACAAACACACUGCAAAAAUACAUAUUUUCACCAACAAAUUCCUAUACACAAACACACUGCAAAAAUACAUAUUUUCACCAACAAAUUCCUAUACACAAACACACACAUACUAUAUACACACUCUUCAUGCCUUCUUGAUCAGAUGUCUUUGUCAAUGAAGUUGGACUUUUAAACUGACAGCCUUGUGGUGUUGACAAUCACACCCGGAUACUUAACCUGCAAAUAUACACAUUUGAACGUUGACCUUUCUACCAUUUUUACGUUUUUUAAAUGUUUGUAAGGGAAAGACAUUCUGGGGUGAAAGUUAAGGACUCAGACACUUUAUUCACACAUUCCUGCAUUCCAACUGGGAAUGUUGAGAUUCUGCUUUUCCCAAAUUCCUGCAUAGAAAAGGGGAACAUUGAAACUGGAAACACGAAUGCUGGAUUAGUUCAUAUAAAAUGUUGAAUCUGCCAUUUAUAAUUUGUCUUGAUAUUGUUCUGACAUUUUGAUUAAAAUGGUGCUGGAGACCAAUAGAAUUAGGGUCGGUUUUUCUGUAUAAUUAAUUCAUUUGAGUUUACUGCUAAAAAAAGAGCUCAGCCACAUACUGUACUUUCAGGUUGAUUUCAAUGUUAAGAAUUAAGUCAUCCCAACAAUUUACACUCAAUGUUUACUCAAUAAUGAAAAUAUUCCACACCUUAGUAAAGGCUAGUUUUUAUGGUACUUAGAUUUCACUGUUGCUGUAAGAUGGUAAUAACAGUUCAUAAAUAUGUCAUCAGUAAUUGUAMAUUUUUCCACUACAUGAAGGAAACCAUUUUCCAGUUGGGACUAUUUUUAUUAAUGAUGUUCAUAAUUUUGAAUAAAUAUAAUUUUUACUGUAAAGCACAUUACAGUCUGCAAAGAAGUAAUAAAACUUGUUUCC